UCAUGCUCUGUCUCUGGAAAGGCUCAACAUGACAGUGGGUGAAUGAUUGCUUCAGUUCAGUUCAUAAUAAAAAUUGAUUAGUUUAUGGUCCGGUAACUUUUUCUAUGAUUGUUUACCUGAUAAUUGUUGGGAGUGGACAGCGACGCAACUUACCACAGAGACAAAAAGAAUCAAGAUGAAGGCUUUAAUUUUAGUGGGAGGAUAUGGAACAAGGCUACGCCCGUUGACAUUAAGUACACCAAAACCAUUGGUGGAGUUUGCUAAUAAACCUAUGUUAUUGCAUCAAUUAGAAGCUUUGGCUGAGGCAGGUGUCAGUCAUAUUAUAUUAGCUGUUAGUUAUAGAGCUGAACAAAUGGAAAAAGAACUAAAACAUGUUGAAGAAGAGUUAAAAAUAAAGAUAACACUGUCUGUAGAACCAGAAGCUCUAGGAACAGCUGGUCCUCUAGCCUUCGCUCGUGAUUUAUUAAGUCAAGAUACAGAUCCAUUCUUUGUUUUAAAUAGUGACGUUAUCUGUGAAUUCCCCUUUAAAGAUAUGAUACAGUUUCAUAAACAUCAUGGUAAAGAAGGUACAAUAAUGGUGACAAAAGUAGAAGAACCUUCUAAAUAUGGUGUGGUAGUGUACGAUGUAGAAAAUGGUCAGAUCAAACAGUUUGUAGAGAAACCUCAGGAAUAUGUCUCUAAUAAAAUAAACGCUGGUUUAUAUAUAUUUAACACAUCGAUAUUAAACAGAAUAGAGUUAAAACCAACAUCUAUAGAAAAAGAAAUAUUUCCAGUAAUGGCAGCGGAUGUUCAACUAUUUGCUAUGGAGUUAAAGGGGUUUUGGAUGGAUGUUGGUCAGCCAAAAGACUUUUUAACAGGAAUGUGUUUAUAUUUAAAUUCUGUUAAACAGAAAAAUCCCUCCUUAUUACAUGAAGCUGGAUCAGGAAUUGUAGGAAAUGUUUUAAUAGAUUCUAGUGCUAAGAUUGGAAGUAAUUGUCGUAUAGGACCUAAUGUUACUAUAGGACCUGAUGUUGUUAUAGAAGAUGGUGUCUGUAUUAAACGUUGUACUGUAUUACGUGGUGCUCAUAUUAAAUCACAUUCCUGGUUAGAAUCAUGUAUUAUAGGGUGGAGAUGUACUGUUGGUAACUGGGUAAGAAUGGAGAAUGUAUCUGUAUUAGGUGAAGAUGUUAUUGUUAAAGAUGAACUUUAUAUCAAUGGUGGACGUAUUUUACCUCAUAAAUCAAUCUCACAAUCUGUUCCUGAUCCACAAAUUAUCAUGUAAUCACAUCAAGGAGUCAAGAUCUAUAGCAACGUAUAUUUAAUAUUUAAAUGAUUUUUUUUGCUGACUGUUUAAACUUGUCAAUGAACAAAUUCUUUGGAUGAUGCAGAUUUAAAGUGGGAAUAUCCUGGGAAAAAAAAUGUCUACUUUUGUUCCUUAUAACAUUUGCUUAUAAAAUUUUAUGACUACUGUAAAACAAGAAAUUAAUGCGAGCAAAACUUAAUGUGAAAAAAGCAACUAUCGACACUAGUCAUGUUAAAUUCAGUUAGCCUUUCUGUUAUUAUCAGUAUAACGGGACUAUGGUAGAUGAGUGGUCAGGGAACUGGGCUCUAAACUAGUCUUCUGUUAUUUCUAUAUCAGGGAAUCAUGGUUGUCGAGCAAUCAGGGCACUGGGCUCUAACCUAGAAUGUGUCGGUUUAAAAUCUUUAGGAUUUUUUAAACCUGGUGCCGUUUCACUUGUCAUGAAUGGUGAUUACACUACAGGAAAGUGUGCCUAGUCGUUGGUAUGGGAUGGAAAACUAAGGCCCAUCUAUGUACACAUUGGCCUGUAUGUAAAGAAACCCUUGACAGUUGUCGGCAAAAUUCUCCUACCUUGCAUGUGGUGGGUAUAAUCGCAUUAAUUUCUUAUUUUUCAGUAUUUUUUUUAUUUCUCCUCGAAAUAAAAAUCAUUUGCAUCUGUUCAUUAAUAAUUCAGCUUUUGCUCCUCUUUAAAUCCUGGAUUUUAAAAAAAAAAACGCAGUGAAAUGAUCCAAUUCUAACUUAGUUUUAACUUAGAGGAUGAAUUGAAUCAUUCACUGAUAAAACAUUGAAUAUCACAAACUGCACAUGUAUUGUUUUGUUGUUUUUUUUACAUUAUGUAUUAUUGGGGACCAAAAUUUAUUGUUAUUGUUUGUUUUUAUUUGUGAUUUUAUGGGAUGUAUGUUUAUUAUGUAUCAAUGAUGUGUGAACUUCUAUUACCAGUAGGCCAAAUGGAGCAUAAUAUGCACUUUCAAAUUGCCAUGAACAAACGUGAAUCAAUGAAAUGGUGCCAUGUCACAGUUUGUUUCUGGAUUUCUGCUUUCAAAAAAGUUACCAGUGAAUUUUAAACCUAAAGUGAUUUCAAUUGAAAGUGCAGAAGGUAAAAUUAAAUUGGAAUAUUUUAAAUUUUAAAAGCAUAGAUGUGCUGAUCGAUGUAUUUCCCUAUGGUGGUGCAUAUGGUAAUAGAAGUUCACCAUCUUUGUUGGGAUAGCUGUGUAUAUUAGAGUUAGAUCUAGCUUUAAUUACAGGAUAAAAAUUCACAAUAGUUGUAUUCGCUAAUAAAGAAAACGCUAAGAAAUUGUCACUAAUAGAAGAAUAUAUUUAGUUUUGCACAUUUUAUAGGCAAGCUGUUGAACUAACGAAGUCACCAUUAAUUGAGCUACAAGAAAUGUUUCCCUUAAGUCGACUUGUUAUACCGGUAUUGUCAUCCAAGAUAAUUAUUCAUUUCUCAUUGACAAAAACUUGUGACAUUACCACUGGAGACUAAGGGGAGGUAACUUGCUUUGAACACGCAGUCAAAAGAAAGUAAUGCAAACUUUAAAUUGCCAUAACCUACGUAACGAUUGAUCAAUUUAAAUAAUUUAUGGACCCAUUUGCUUUACAGUAAAGUUACUUUGUAUUGUGGUUUUUUAGUCUGCAAAAUUUGAGCUUUAAUAUUUAAUGCUGAUGUGCAUCAAAGCAGAAAUGAAAAUAUAAUUCCCCAAAGAAACCUACACUUAUUUUGUGUUAUACAACGAAAUUCUUAUAGAAUCUUAUUGUUGCAUUUCUAUUUUGUUGCAUUUCUAUUUUGAGAAUUUAUUAUGUAUGUGUAUUCUGGGAUAUUGCUAAAAAAAACAUAAAGUUUUGUAAAGGAAAUGUUUAUUAUGUUCUCGAUAUUGACUGUUCUAUCCAGUCAUUUGUCGAUGAUCUUCUGAUAACAAGUAGGGCAUUUACAGUACUUAGAUACAUCAUUUUGCUCAGAGAUAUAAUACAUGCUAAGCUGACUUUUGUGAUGCAGAUGAGAAUUUAUGUCAUUAAAAAUAAGCGCCCCCAUGGCCCAUACCUAAUAAUUGUUUCAGCUAAUUGUACUUACUUAAUGAAAGAAGCCGUUUGGUAUUUAACACAUAUUAUCUUGAUUAUUUACUUUGAGAUAAGUAUGACGAUGGUGACCUGACACCCAUAUCAAGAAGUAUCUAUGUUAUGCAAUAUAAACACCAAAGAAUUUUGAAUGUGUCUAAUCAUUUUAAUCACUACGUAUGUAAAAUCUAUAGAUACUGGUUUUGUCCUUUAAGAUUUCUUGCACAAUAAUGAUCAUGCAUUAAUUUUGAGAACUAAAAGGCUAACUAAUAAUCUGCUUAAAAGUCUGAUGUUAUUUUAUCAUUUCAUUUUCCUUGUUUUAGUUAAAUUUUAUCAUUCACCAUAUAUCGAUUAUUACUCAUUAAUGUAUUUACAGUUAGCAUUUCCAAUAUUUUCCCAUUUGUUAUUGUACUUUCUGUCAAUACAGAGAUUGAAUAUCCAUAACUCUAUCCAUAUUUUUUUCGGAACAUUUGCUUUCAAAACUAUCAAUUAAAAACUGCUGAAAAAAUCUGGGGGCCUUUCUCUCAAUAUUUCACACUAGUUACCCAUGCUCUGUAGUUGAUUAGCUCCAUUAACCAAUGCUGGAAAUUGCACAGAGAUCUUUAUCCCACAUCUAGCAGUACUAAAGUUAACGACACAUUUGAGCCAUGGUUGACCAGCUUGGUAUGGCAAGUAUAGGAAUUUCUCGUAGACAAGAACCUUAAGUUUAAUUUUUUGAGAAACGUGCCUCAAAUUGUUCAUAUGUAUAUUUGAUUUAUAUUUAAUGUGGGAUUUGUUGCAAUGAAAAUGAUAUAUUUAUGAAAUAAAAUUGGGAAUUUUUUUUA